UCCAAUCACUUUCUCUAUGUUGGCGCUGCAGCGCGGGGGCCUGGGAGACCUUAUAUAAUCGGUCCUCUCUACCCACGACAAAGCGCAACGUAUACAAACCUCAACACCACCACCACCGCAACCUCCGAUCCGAUUCAACCCACGACAACCAUUCUCUCACCACCCACCACUCGAUACAAUCGAAACCAGCGGAUUCGGUCGGCACAACCACCACAAUGGCCGACUCGUCAAGCGGCUCGGACUCGGACUCGACGUCGUCGGCGCAAUCCUCCACCACCAAAGUCGGCACCCUCAAUCUGCGCAUCCUCUCGCCAUCCGCCGAAGUCGAGGGUGGCGGUAUCACCUUUACCGCUUUGCCCUCAGCCACCACUAUUGCCGAACUCAAGAGCAAAAUCCAGGAUGCCGUGCCCUCCAAGCCCACCGUCGACCGCAUGCGCCUCAUCUACCGCGGUCGCGUUGUCGCAAAUCCCUACGAUGCCUUGCUGACCAUCUUCGGCGCCGACACAAUUGCCCACUCUCCCGACCAGAGCUUACAUCUUGUUCUCCGUGAACUGCCCUCUUCCUCUUCUUCAUCACCCGCGCCGGCUCCACGAGUGUCGACCGCUCCUCCCCAUCCCGCCGGCCCCUCCGGUCUCCCAGAUCCCCCACAAAACCCUCUCGCCACAAAUCCGUUCCGCAAUCUGGCUCCUCCAGGUCAGCAACCGGUUCCAAAUCGUCCCAAUUCCCAACCGCCGCCGCCGCCUCACUACCAUCACCACCCGCAUCAUCACCAUCAUCAUCACCACCAACCGCCCAACAUGGGUCUUCCGAUUGCUUUGCCGCCGCUUGUGCAGCAGCUCUAUAACCAGGCCCAGCAACAGCCUGAACAGCCCCGGAAUGAAAACAAUGAAUCAGGUGAUGGUGCAUCAAAUUCCAACACAAACCCUCCUCCGCCUGCCUCCAGGAUUGUCCGACAGGAGGGUAUUGGUCCAAAUGGCGAGCGCUGGAGUGUCACGUGGAACAAUACACAGGUCACGGUUCCUUUACAAGCAAACCAACAACCACCUUUAAUUCCUCGCGCUUUCCGUCCGCCUCCCCCUGGAUUUGGGCUUCCAGGUCAGCCCAUGCCCGCCCCACGCCUGGCUGUGCCUCCUGUCAUGACCCUGGCCAGGCUCCAACGCGGUCAGCAAUUGGACCGCCAGAGGCUGGAAAAUGCUCGUCUGUUGCUCAGUACCCCCGUUCUUUCGGCCAGUGUUACCCGUCUUGAUCAAGCACGCCGGUAUUUGGAUGAGGUCACGUCCAGCUUAGACAAUGCCGAUCGUUCCAUCGCCGAACUGGUAUCUGACCCUUCAAUGGCGCAGCAUCGCGAUCUCGUCUCGCUGCAGCAGUCCCUGGCCCAGCUUAGGAGGCGAGCUGAGGAAUCUCGACAAGUAUUGACAACCAGGUUGACUGCUUUAUCACCUAACUCUCCAUUAUCAUCUACAGCUGCGCAAGCUCCAAACAAUUCAACACCUUCCUCCAGCGUUCCUCCGGAGCUGUUCAUCCUAUCCAGUCCCCAAGGCCCUGUCGGACUCGUCUUUGAUCAACGCGGUAGCUACGUAACGGCACCUAUCGUCCCAACUACAUCGUUCCACUCCUUUAAUCAGCAAUUUGAACAAAACAGACAAGUGCUCGCGGGCAUGGGUCAGCGUAUUGCCGAGUCUGCCAUCGCAAACCCGAUCCUGUCUGGUAUGGCCCCAUCCGCGCAAAAUCAGCAGCAGCAACCAGGACAGCCGGCUCCAGCCGCCGAUGUCAACGCUGCUGGAAUUGCAAACGCCAAUGCAAAUCCCAAUGGCAACGCGAAUGGAGACGGCAACGUAAACAACGCGGUUCCUCCACUCGCAGCAGCAGCAGCCGCAGCUCAGGACAACGACCGCGCAAAUGUCAUCGCAGGUCACCUUUGGCUCCUCUUCAAAUUGGCCAUGUUCAUCUACUUCUUCGCCGGCGGCGGCAGCUGGUACCGACCCGUGAUGAUGGGCUUGAUCGGCGUCGUCGUCUAUCUCGGCCAAAUGGGAAUCUUCGAUACGCAAUUCAACCGUCUACGCCAACACUUUGAAGCUAUCCUCCCGCUAGGCGACCUCGCUGCCGGCCCUAACAACAAUAAUAACAACGAAAACAACAACAAUGCGAAUCCGACCCCUGCAGAUGCACAACCUGCAGCGCAGCAACACCAUCACACCAACCCCCCUAACCCCGAAGACGCGGCUAGAAGGUUACUCAACCAGCAGCAGGAGCAGCACGCUAGCUGGAUCCGCGAGAGCAUCCGCGCGGCGGAACGCGGGUUUGCGCUCUUUGUGGCGAGCUUGCUACCGGGUGUGGGCGAGCGCAUGGUGCAGGCGCAGGAGGAGCGCGCCAGGGCUGAACGGGCCGCCGAGGAAGAACGCCGGGCGAGAGAAGAGCGGGAAGCUUCCGAGCGAGACGCAGACAAGGACAAGGAAACGAAUGGGGAAAAGAGCAAGACGGACGGUGAUGUGGAGAGCUCGAGUGCGGUCGUGCAUGGCGCUGCGGAGAGGGAUGGGGAACCUUCUUCUUCUUCGACUUCGUUUCCGCCCGACGACAAGGGGAAAGGGAGGGCUGCUGAGGUCGAGUCGUGA